GGAGGGCGGCUCUCUGCAGCGCCGGGGCAUCGCUUCAUCCGCGGCGUCGCUUCCCUACGAAUCCUGAGCGCUGCUUGUCCUUUUCCCGGCCUGACGCGAACGCGGGUCGCGAAUGUAGGCGGGCAAGGGCACCGGGCUCCUCUGAAAAACAGGACUCGUGCUGUCACAGGGUGCCUUCCCGUCCUCGGAAGGGCGUCUCGGCUCUUGCCCAGGCUUCUGCAUCGGUCAGGACAAGUAGCCAUGGCUGGCCAUGACUCGGGAUCUCAACACCAGUUCACUGGAUUUCAGAAGUACUUCAAUUCCUAUACCAUCAUAGGCAGGAGGAAUUAUGUAAUAGCAACAUACACGGGUGUUGCACUCCUUGUCUUGUAUUUCAAGUUCAGGCCUAAAAAGCAAACUCCGGCUGUGACAGAUAAGUAAAAGGUUCCUGGCAUGUCUGAACCUCCAAUCUGUGUCAAUGUAAUGCAAGCUGAUGACCUGUUGUGGCUAAUAAAAUAUAAAUAAUUACUUGUUUUA